AUGACUCCUUCUCCUCCCAUCUGUCUCUUGUUGAGAAUAACAGGUUCACCUUUUCUCGACCAUGUACAACACCCGUCAGGUCCAUCGAACUUAAAACGUUUUUCAUCAGUAAACAUCACUUUCUUGAUGUUGACAUGCUUUAUUAUCCAUCUUUUGGCGCUUCCCAGCCUUGCCUCCUUGUGUUUUUUCGUUAGUGUAAUUCUUUUCUUGAUUUUAGCAUUUAAGUCCAAUUUCGUGUACCUUUCUCUGUCCAGUUCGAACACUGACGUCAAGUUCACACUUCUCCUUUACUUUCUUCCCUGUCACCUUUUCUCCAGCAACCUCGUAACACUUCUCUUCAUUCUUCUUUCUGUUCUCUUGGAAAUUGUUUUUUUUUUCCGUCCUCUCUUCUUUUUCUUCCGCUCAUACUCUGUACUUAGCAUGUAUUCAACUGUUGACUUCGAUAGCUUCAUCUCAGCGGCGAUCUUUCGGAUGCUGAGCCCGUCUUCUCCCUUCUUUUGGUCCACACUGAUGACUUCUUUUGAAUGCAUUCUUCUUCAGGAUUUUAAUACGUUUUCGCAAAUUAAUACUCGACAAAUCUAUCUAUCUAUCUAUCUAUCUAUCUGCCUGUUUGUCUGUCUGUCUAUCUAUCUAUUAAAUGUGUUCGCUAUCUAUCUAUCUAUCUAUCUAUCUAUCUAUCUAUCACAUUUUGUUAUGUAUGUAUGUCUCCCACUCUUUCUGUUUAUAUAUAUCGGUCUGUUCAUAUCUAUCUAUCUAUCUAUCUAUCUAUCUAUCUAUCUAUCUAUCUAUCUGUUCAUGCCUGUCUAA